UAUAAAAAUACAAAUGAAACUUAAAGCGUGGACACUUAUCAUAAACGUCGCGUCUCAUUUUCUAAGAAUUUUACUUGCCACAACAAGUAGUUAUGUGAAUAAGCUCUUAUGGUGGACGAGGAACGAGACCAAUUUUUUUUUUCCGCGGAGACAGGUGUAGUAGCCCCAUAUAUUUGUCCAUCAUUUGGAAGAUUAUAAGUAGUGGAAUGCUUUGUUAAGCAGUCACACCCUGCUAGCCACCCAUUAAAGCAAUACGCACAAACACCCUCCCACACAACGAUUAAUUUCUUUGUGAUGCAUGAUAACUUUAGGGAACAGUACCUAAGUUAUACAUGUAUAUGUAAAACCCACAUUCUAACAAGUAUACAGUCACCGAAGCCAACAAGAGGCAGAAGAAUCCGACAAAUCCUAAUGCAGGGGGAGGUGGGAUACAUUUGCCUGUAUUUAUAUUUUGAGAAAAUCAUAUUUUCGUUUCAUUUUUAGCUAGCUAUCUUGAAAAAAAGAAUGAGCGGGAUUUAACGGUUAGUGUAAUGAAAAAAUUGAGAAAUACACUUUGUGGGUAAUUUAAAACGACAUUUCACUUGCUUUUCUGUUUAAAACACUUUUGGAGUUUGUUUCAACAUUCUAAAUAAAAGUCGAGUUAGCAGGAAAGGAAAUCGAAAGUAGCAGCUUUCCGAGCGUAUCCAAGUGAUUGCGCAUGCUCAAAGCUGAGGCGUAUAGCGGAAGAAGCCUUUCAAUCAUGUCCUUGUGUCGCCAUAGUGAGAAUUUUCAUCGGGAAAUUUUGAACUGAUCAUCAGUCCACCUGUGUUUGUGAUACUUCACAAGCUGUUAUUGUGGAAAUGGUACUUUGUGUCAGCGAUUUGAACAGGAUCUCUUAAAUUGUUAUAGGAACUUCAAUGAGUUCUUAGAUCACUUCAACAAGGACAUUAGGCACCUCACUGACAAAAGCUACAGAACUGCAAGCAAAAAUGCGAAUAACCUCAAGAUGUCACAAUCUGGAAUCAGCUUUGAAUAAAUUCUUUUAAGUCUCAAAACUUACCACUUAAAAAUCGACAAAUUUUGAAAAAUGGAGAAGGAAGUGGCCAUCGGUAAUAUUAGAUCACCCGGGGAAAUCAGCAAAGAUCUGAGUUUCACAUUUUCGGGAGAGAGGGGAGAAAACUACUACAAGAACCUAAUCGAAAACUUGGAAAGAAUUGGAAACAGUAAUGUCGAAACCCCCAAAUGGGUCACUUCGUCAAAUAUGGAGCACCUCAUGAAGCUGAAAAAUCCAGAAGUAAUGUCGAAUAUUCAAAAAGACCUAGGGAUAGCAAGUGUACACGAAUACACAAAUAAUCUACAAUCUCAGAUAAAGAAACCAGUUUUGGAGGCUUUUCUUUCAAAUGAAAAGCAAGGCGCUUUCCAGCCUGGCAGCGUGAAGUUCGAUGACGCAGUGAGUAAACUUUUCCUGGCGUGCGAAAACGGUGAAGUUGGAGUUCUUAAGAAGCUACUUGCAGCUGGUGUCAAUGUCCAGGAGACAAGGAAUGGGGUAACACCCCUCCAUAUUGCUAGCUGGAAUGGACAUGCUGAGGUAGUUACAAUUUUGUUGGCACACGGAGCGCACAUUGAUGCAAGGGAUGCGGUAGGGGGACAAACAGCACUGUUUUUUGCAUGCUGCAGAGGCCACGGAGAUGUCGUGAAGCUUCUGGUAAACAAAGGAGCCGAUGUAAAUGCUGUUAAUGCUGUCAUGUGGUCACCACUGCAUGCUGCAUGUCAGUUUGACAACACCAGCGUGGUAACGACUUUACUUCAGAACAAAGCUGACAUAAAUGCCAGAAACAAUCAGGGCGCAACACCUCUUCAUGUCGCAAGUGCUCGUAAUCGCUGGGAAGUCGUGAGUUUACUGAUCGACCACAAUGCAGACAUAGAGGCAGCUGACGUGCUUGGCUUUUCACCUCUACACGGUGCUUGUUUUUGGGGAUGCAAAGAAGCCGUGGAAAUACUGAUACGGAAGAACGCAAACUUAAACGCUGUAACCAUCCAGAGAAGAACACCAUUGCUUCUGGCUUGCGUGCACCUUGCACACGUGAUUUCCCAAGCAAGGCUCGAGGGAAGGUCGAGUGUUACAGGUGAUCUCGUCUCUAGGCUUAAGGAUUGCAGUGGCAUCAUUAUAUUACUGGUAAACAAUAAUUGUGAUGUUAAUACUGAAGACGAAUUCAAAAUGACGGCCUUACAUCUCGUGUCGUACGUUGGACAAAAAAAUCUUGUGAAACUUUUUCUUCAAUACAAGGCUAAAGUAGAAGCAAAGAAUACAGUGGCACAGACCCCACUGCAUCUGGCCUGUUUGCAACCAAAUAAAAGAGUUGUAGACAUUCUUCUCUCAAACAAAGCAUUGGUAGAUGCCCAGGACUCUUUUUUAAACACACCUCUGAUGUUCGCGAGUUGUUAUGGCUAUUUUAACAUUAUUAAAAAGCUUAUCGAGAACAAUGCCUUGAUCAAUGCUAAGAACAAGGAAGGGUUAUCACCACUCUGUUAUGCAUGCCUCAACGGGCAUAAAGAGAUUGUUGAUUUUCUGAUUUCUCAUAAAGCUGAGACUGAUGUAGUAAGCACAAAAGGCAUCACUGUACUUCAUUGUGCUUGCCAUAAUGGAAACAAAGAGCUGAUAUGCAUGUUGCUCGAUCUGGGGCACAAUGUGAAUGCAGAAGAUAUCUACGGAAGAACUCCCCUUCACCUUGCCAGCUUGUGCAACACAGUGGAUGCCGUUAGAAUUUUGCUGCAGCGAGGUGCUGAUGUAGAUCACCCAGCCAAGGAUGGAUUCACAUCUUUGCAUUUUGCUUCAUUGACCGGUUUUCUGGAAGCCGUUAAACUUCUUCUUGACUAUAAAGCAAACGUAAAUUCAAAAACCAAGCAUCAAGUAACAUCUCUUCAGGCUGUAAGUGAAAAUGGGCAUGUUAAAGUUACUCAAACACUGAUGAUGUGGGGCGCCAGUGAAGUUACACCAUUACAUUACGCUUCUUUUUAUGGACACAUGGAUGUUGUAAAAGUGCUCCUUCAUCAUCAUGCCAGAGUGUACGAGAAAGAUUCGUUAGGGUGUUCAGCACUGCACUUGGCGUGCAUGAGGGGUCACCUGAAUGUUGUCGACACUCUGCUGUUUCACGGUGCUCAUGUGAAUGAAAAGACAAAGGAAGGCGAGACAACACCCCUUUAUUUAGCUUGCGCUAGUGGCGUUCUGGACCUCGUGCGAAAACUGUUACAGCACGGCGCAGAUCUUGAAGCAGAAGACACAGAAGGAGAUACCGCUCUACAGGCAGCGAUCCUUGCCGACAGUUUUGAAGUUGUAAAAUUGCUGGUCGACCACGGCGCUAGAACUGACCACCAGAAUAAGAGAAGAUGGAUGCCGCUUCACUUUGCGUGUCAGUGUCGGGACCAGCGUAUCUUCGAUCUUAUCAUCGAAAAGUCCAGUAAUGUGGACGUUACAACGUCAGAUGAUGUCACUCCCCUGCACAUUGCUUCAGUACGCGGCCAUGCUAGCGCAAUAGAGGCUUUAAUUCGAAGGGGUGCUAAUGUCAUGCUAAAAAGUAACAAUGGUGUAACAGCUCUUCACUAUGCCUGCCGAUCUGGCCAGAAAAAUGCUGUUGAACUAUUGCUCAAAGAGAAAGUUUCACUAGAUGAAACUACUUCUACGGGAGAAACACCUCUACAUGUUGCUAGUAUUAUCGGCUCUCGUGAUAUUGCAGAGAUUCUUCUCCAAAAUCUCUCAAAUGUUGAAACCAAGGACAUAAAUGGUAAUACUCCACUUCACUUAGCCAGUUUGAAUGGUCACAAAGAGGUUGUAGACUUGUUAAUUGAAAGAGGGUCAGACGUUGAUGCCAUGAAUUGUGAAGGACAGACACCUUUGCAUGCAGCAUGUUUUAUGCACCACUAUAACAUAGUGGGCAGGGUCCUCCCCAACUGUACUAAAGGUGACAUUACUACAAAACCAGGUGAAGCACCCAUACACUUUGCAUGCUUUUUACGAAAUGAAGAAAUUGUUAGGAGACUGCUUUUGGCCAAAGUUAAUGUCAACGUGGCAGACAUAAACGGGAUGACGCCAAUGCACAUAGUGUGUUUCACCGGACACUUGGACAUCAUGAAGCUUCUGAUACAAUAUGGAUCAUUCAUUGAUGCUAAAAAUAAAGCAGGUCGUACGCCAUUGUUUGUAGCAUGUGAGAAAGGGUUUACAGAGAUCGUGAGAUACCUUUGUGAAAGCAAUGCUAGGCCUGACAUUGCUGAUGCAAGCGGCUUCACAGCUCUGCACAUUGCUUCGAACUUGGGUUAUUUUAAUAUUGUGGAUAUUUUGCUCAGAAGAAGCAAAACUGAAAUAGAAGCAAAAGAUAUAGAGGGCAAAACUCCGCUUCAUCAUGCGAGUUUCAAUGGACAUAGCGACAUAGCCAAACUUCUAUUACUCAAUGGUGCACAGGUUGAUGCACAAGACUUGAGAGGCCGGACACCACUGCACUUAGCGUGUCAAAAUGAUCACAUUAAUGUUGCAAAUGUUCUUUUACAAAACGGAUCUAAAACAGACAGUACUACUUUUGAAGGCCACACGCCACUCAGCAUUGCCAUAUUGUUUAAUAAGAAAAAUAUUGAAAAUAUGCUGUUACAACCUGGGAAGAAUACUUUUUCAGAAGAUAAAUUAGUUGACACAGAACACAGAGCUUCUCCUCAAACUAAAUCAUCAGAGCCCCAACUAGAAGGGAGGACGCAAAUGAAGGGUUCACCAGCGCAAGAAAUGAAAUACCCUCCUAAAGAGACCAUACUUGUAAAAGAAGAUAUUCAGGCUAAACCCUUGUUAGAUAAAACCACAGACGUAAAAGAAGCUAGUGGCACCAAUGAUCAGCGCUCAUACGAGUCGAAAAUAAGUUUCCAGCACAUGUCAGCUCUUUCCAUGGAACAGAAAAGUAAUGACAAAGGGGACGAACUUCACCACAAUCAACAAACAAGGGAAGAUGCAGAAGACGGCAGUGAGACAGAGAAAGUAAAUUCAUUGCUGGAGUUUGGUCCUGAUAUUGAUAUAUCACAUUCUCCAAUUUUCAAUCCUCGCUGGCAAAUAGGUAAAAGUUUUUCCAGCGCUGGUGGAACUUUGCAGAAACUAAACUCCGAUAUUGUGCUGCACGUACCGGAGAGCUGUGUCCACCUCGGCCAGUGGAUUGACGUCAAGUCUGCUGUCUGCGCAGACGCUGCUCACGUGCGUCACGUGCUGCGGACGAAGCUUCAGUACAAGAAUGAGGAAUGGCUGGCCAGCCCUGUGGCCGAAUACAGCUCCAGCCACAGCUUCAGCCUCCUGAAGGGCCCCUUCCGCAUCGAGCUGCCUCACUGCUUACCUCCUAACCCCGAUCCUGACCUUAUCCACGUGUACUGCGUCUUACGACACUCGGACGGACACCUCAGUCUCAAUAGAGUACGACCCGAAAGAACAGACAUUCGUAGGAAAGAUUCAACAGAAAUCGGUUGUAAAGUGAAACGAGAGGCAGAUCAUAUAGGACCUGCCGUGUCUGCUGCAGAUGAUGCGUCUCCCGACUUGUCGCCUCUGUGCCGCGAUGACUCUUCGUCUCUAAGCACUGGGAGCCUGUUAUCUGACUCUGAUCGCAAAGAUUCAUCAAACACCAAAGUUUCAGGUUUUGAAAAAACGCGCCUUAAGCUUAGCACGGACAGGCCACCUACUAGCGACAAUGGUCAAAAGCGUGCAAACGAUUGUCAGGAAGUAGACGACGACGUGCAGUGGGAUCAAAGCGCCACAUUCAGACUGCUGCCUGAUGGGAAGGUCUCCAUCACUACCGAUCACUUUAGUGCCUACUUUUGCGCAUACUGUGGGAUCAGACAACCACCGCCCCAGCUAAACGCCAGAGCCUACGGGUCGCACACUGAACGACGGGAUGGCCGACGGGCAGCACACGUGAAAGUACUGGUGUGGGACGACAGACUCAAGAUCGCCGACUUCCGCCAGACUUUGGGCAUUCAACAUGAAGAUGAUUAUCUGGGAGAGGAAAUACUGUACCUAGCUGAUACUUUACAACUACAAGACUCGAAUUUGAGAAUGUCCUUUGAAAUUCUUGAAGAUUGCGAGGAGUGGCAACAUAAAAGAAAAAAUAAUGGAGAUCAUAUAAGUGCUAUCAGAGAGAGUUUUCCUUUGGAAAAAUACUACGUGAGGUGGUGUGGCGAAUGCGAAGAAGAACGAGUAAAGGUGUUUGGGGAUUUGAGACCCAUCAGGAAAACCUGGCACAUUGAAAACAAACUGAACUCGACUCCAGGGUCACACCUCGAAUGCCUUGUCGAACUCGAGCAAGUUCCAAACAGUAAUGCUGAUGACAGAAAUGACAACAUCAUCUUCACCAGCGUGCAGAUGGUCCUGAACAUGGCGCUGCCACAGAAUGAAAUGGAGAGCAUUUAUGAACAGCUGAAACUAAUGACUAUCGGGCAACUGGAGGUCCUGGCCAGCCUAGGGAACCUGAUAAGCGAUCAAGAUAUGGAAAGGUUACGCAACAGGUGGAAGAAUGAUGAUGCAUACAAAGAUCAACUCCUCUGUCGGGUAUCUGAUUCGCCCAAGCUGUUACAGGCUACACUAUCUGCUCUGCGCGAGCAGAAGGUUUCCCCAGCGAGUCGGCAGUCGAGACCUUCGAAUGCUGUAGAAUUUCCAGUUUCUUCUGAUGUGGUUGGUGCGGAUGGAGUGCAAAAGACGGAAUUUAUUGAUUCUAUAGAAAAUAUGUCCACCCAAGGUUCUGAGUGUUCAGACUCGUGACAUAUUUUGUGUGUAUCAUUUUUUUUUGCUGUAUAUCUAAGGUAGAAUGGUCAGCCUCAGAUUCAGAAAACCAGGACACGAAAAUGGUCAUAUUUAUCAGUCGAUAGGUGAUUCAAGCAUCAAAUACUUUGCUUUUAAGACGUGAUAUUGGAAUAUAUGUUCUCUGCCUUAUGAUUAGAUCAGAGCAUACAAUAUAUACAAUGAAAUGUUCACACUUAUCUUCAUCUCGAGGGCCGGAAAAGAAAUUGGGUCCAGAUAUUUCUGGCUUAACUCAAAUAAAUGCUACUAUAUUACAUUGAUCACCAGCACAACCAAUCACACCGGUAUAACCAUUACAUGUUAAAGGACUAGGGCCAAAGUUUUUUCCUAAUGAAUGGGGAAAGGUCAGCGUAAGAUACUAUUUCGCCAAAUAUGGGUGAAUACCCAACUACCCUUCUGUCAGGCGGUUCGCACCAUACCGAGUAUACAGAGAUAGCUGUCUAAAAGGCAUACUCGGCAUGCGACAACAUUUGUCCCGAUGUUCCUGUAGUCUGUCACCGCAUGCUCAGUAUAGUGGCCAGAGAGUUCAAUCCCCUGUUAGUGUAGAGCAUUGAAUACUGAGUAUGCGGCGACAGACUAGAGCAGUGAUGCCCAACCUUUUUCGGCCUGCGGGCCAUAUCCAUUUCGAACAGCCGUGUCGCGGGCCAUAUCCAUUUCGGACAGCCGUGUCGCGGGCCAUAUCCAUUUCGGACAGCCGUGUCG